AUGUCAGGGCUCCAUGUACCUUCCAGAGCCAAAGGCUACAAGCUUAUUGGAACCUUUUUAGAACACGCGCCAAAAGGCGAGCCAUUCUUUGUCACACCUUCAGAGGAGCUUCUGAAGCAGAUAGUCUUCAAUCCUGAUAAAGUCUCUCAGAAGGCUUGGUUGGUCUAUUUCAACUACAUCAUGUUAGCUCAAGUUUCUCCAGAGAAACAAGACCAUGGAGAAGAAGCUGCGAGAUUUCGCCAGAACAUGCGGAUCGCCUUGAACGAUAGCCGCAUAUUCUUGGAACCACGACAAGUUAAUGUCCAAGCGUUAGCUCUGCUGGCUGUUCAUGGCGAGGACUACGCCUCUCCGAAUUUGUCGUGGAUGCUGGUCGGCCAUGCUUGUCGCCAAGCAGAGGCUCUCGGCUUACAUUUGCCAACGCCUAGAGAUGUUGAAACCUAUCAGCGAAGUCUCUCGAUGUUUUGGCUUCUUUUCGUAUUGGAUAAGUCGUGUGCCCUUGCAUUUGGUCGAUCCCCGUUCCUUCCGAUGAAACUCUACCAAGAGGUUCCAUUGCCUGAUUUCAGCUAUCUGCUCAAGUUCCAACCACAUCUCGAUUCGGAUUUCAGCACACACUUCUUCAUCAGGGGUAUUGAGUUAGCCAGGAUCAUGGGCUCAGUCGUCGAUACGCUGGCCCCAGGUUCUUCGCCACCCUCGAGGGAGACUAUCAAGCUGCAGCUCGAAGAAUGGUCCAAUCAAACGAAAAAGAUUUUGGAUAAAAUAAUGGACGCAGAUAGGCCCCUCCUUGAGCCGACUCAGUUGAAGGAAAUGUCCUUGGGCCUCAAUAGUCUGAGAUUCCAGUACCUCCAUGUCGUGAUUGUUCUUCUCAAAGGGGACAAGCCUUCCUCCAAUCAACGUUUAGAGUGCGCAAGAGAGGCUCUAUUCAUACUACCUUCAAUUGUCUCUAAUUGGUCUUCCGUUUAUAACGGAGUUGUUUGGCAUCUAUUGUACUAUCCUUUCAUACCAUUCUUCGUCGUGUUCGAGAACCUAGUCCAAAGCUCCACGUUCCAAGCCUCAGCGACAAUCGACCAUGACCUUGGUCUCCUUGCUACAACUGUUUCCUAUUUUUCGAGCAUGAGAGAUCAGAUGCAGCUUCUCGCGGUUUUAUGCUCUCGUUUGGAGAAUGUAGCGUUUGUGUUCCUCGAACUAGCUCGGAGACACAUACGACAUCGCCAUGCAACCAUUAACAAAACCCUUGAUUCCUCAUGGCUCCCACUACAUAGUCGGGCUGAAACGAAUGUCGAGGAAGUGGCAGCAGAAGAUAGCCUCCCCGGCCUCUCACAAGGCACUCUUGAUGACUUCACUUUGGGGGAUGGGCUAGACAUCGGAAAUUUCCUCAACUGGCUGCCGGCUGACAUUUUCACAUCUGGGCCAUCUCUGGGGCUUGAAUCGCGACAGAUUCUCGGAUCUGCAAGCAGCGGCCCUGAAGUUUCAUCCACAGCUGAUUUGCGAGGUCGAAAAAGACCGUUUGAUGCGACAUUCGAUUGGUUUUCGUGGGACGCAUAUUACGCCGACAUGCAUUUUCAUUAG